AAGCAUACAGUUGUCUCUUUCAAAGAUUCCCACAUUGCAGAAAAUUUCAACACUCUAUUCCCAGAUUUGCCACCAAUUAAUAAUGCUCUUUUAAUUUUCCAAAAUUUCAAUGAUUGUGACAUCAUGAUGUUUCUGGGUUCACUGUAUUUUAAUAUUACACAGUCAAUGAUAUUUAUUCAUCCAUUUAUUAUGAAGGGAGUGACAUUUUAACUUACUUGGCUGCUCAAAGAAUGGAGAAGAUAGAGAUAGGCAAGAAAAUGGGAGGUGGGAAUUUGUUGUUUGCUGUAAAUGGUGAGAGACUUGAGAUACCCACUAAUAUUGAUCCAUCUACUACUUUGAUUGAGUUUUUGCGUACUCAAACUCGUUUUAAAAGUGUCAAGCUUGGGUGUGGAGAAGGUGGUUGUGGUGCUUGUGUUGUGCUGCUAUCAAAAUAUGAUCCUGUCCACGAUAAGGUGGAGGAUUAUACGGUUAAUUCAUGCCUUACACUUGUUUGUAGUAUACAUGGUUGUUCCAUUACCACAAGUGAAGGUCUUGGAAGUCAAAAAGAAGGUUUUCAUUCAAUACACCAAAGAUUUGCUGGAUUCCAUGCCACUCAGUGUGGCUAUUGUACGCCUGGAAUGUGCGUCUCUCUCUUCUCGGCUCUUGUCAAUGCUGAGAAGAAGGAUGGAACAGAACCCUCUCCUGGAUUUUCGAAGCUAAAAGUUUCUCAAAUAGAUAAAGCCAUGGCUGGUAACCUAUGUAGGUGUACUGGUUAUCGACCAAUUGUUGAUGCUUGCAAAAGCUUUGCAGCAGAUGUGGAUAUUGAGGAUCUAGGAUUCAACACUUUUUGGCAAAAGGAGGAGAACAAGGAACUUAAGGUGAGUAAGUUGCCUGUUUACGAUAGCAGUUGUCAGAUAUCAACAUUUCCUGAUUUUUUGAAGAAUGAAAUGAAGUUUAAAAUGUUAUUGGAUUCGGGAAAAUAUUCUUGGUAUACCCCUUUUAGCAUUGAGGAACUCCACAACAAGUUGGAAUGGAGUGAAUCCAACAAUGUGAAUCGUGUGAAGUUGGUUGUUAGUAAUACAGGUACAGGUUAUUAUAAGGAACUAGAAGGUUAUGACACAUACAUAGAUUUAAGGUACAUUCCCGAACUCUCAAUGGUUAAAAGAGACUCUAAAUGCAUCCAAAUAGGGGCAGCUGUGUCAAUCGCUAAGGUUAUUGUUGCACUGGAAGAGGGCGGCGAAGAUAGAGUGAGUGAGGGAAGUAUAACAAUCCUAAAGAAAAUUGCUGCCCAUUUUGAGAAAAUUGCUUCUGGGUCCAUCAGAAAUUCAGCAAGUAUAGGUGGAAAUUUAGUUAUGGCACAAAGGUGUGGAUUUCCUUCUGACAUUGCUACUGUUCUUCUGGCUGUGGAUUCUAGUGUAGAAAUGAUAAGAAGCUCAAAAAGAGAGACCAUAAAACUGGAGGAAUUCUUGGAAAGGCCUCCUCUAGAUUCAAAAAGUAUAAUAUUGAGUAUCAAGAUUCCAAUUUUGGAACCUUCUAUAAGAUCAAAUUGUAAACUUAUGUUUGAUACCUAUAGAGCAGCACCUCGUCCUCUAGGGAAUGCAUUAUCUUAUCUAAAUGCUGCUUUCUUUGCUGAAGUUUCUUCCAGAAAAUCUGCUGAUGGCUUCAUGGUAAACAAGAUUCAGUUGGCUUUUGGCGCUUAUGGAACUAGGCAUGCAGUACGGGCUAGAAAAGCUGAAGAGUUUUUAGCUGGGAAAAUUAUUGACUAUGAUGCUCUACGCAAAACAAUGAAUUUAGUUAGGACUUUUGUGGUGCCUGAAGAUGGUGUUUCACAUCCUUCCUACAGGACAAGUUUAGCUGAGGCAUUUGUUUUCGAGUUUCUGCACCCUUUGGUUAAAUCUAAUUUUGGAUUUUCUAGUUUAGGUUUGGAUCAAGACAUUGAUUCUCAGUCUGCAACAGUGAAAGAAAACAGUGGGCAACCUCUGUUAUUUCCUGCAAAGCAGGUAAUUAUACCCAGCACCGAGUAUCAUCCCGUUGGGAAGCCCAUUAGCAAAAUUGGAGCUGCUCUCCAGGCAUCUGGUGAGACCACAUACGUUGAUGAUAUUCCUUCGCCGAAAGACUGUCUUUAUGGAGCAUUUGUGUAUAGCACAAAGCCAUUGGCAAGAGUCAAUUGUGUUAGAUACGAGUCUGGAUCAUUUCCAGAUGGAGUUGUUGCCAUUGUUUCCUAUAAAGAUAUCCCACACGGGGGGAAGAACAUAGGAGCCCAAACUAUAUUUGGGAUAGAUUCAUUAUUUGCUGAUGAACUCACAAGGUGUGCUGGUGAACGUAUUGCACUAGUUGUUGCAGAUUCGCAGAGGCAUGCAGACAUUGCAGCUAAUAAAGUAGUCAUUGACUAUGACAUGGAAAAUUUAGAGCCACCAAUUUUGACAGUUGAAGAUGCAGUUGACAAGUGUAGCUUUUUCGACAUCCCACCUUUUCUAUGCCCUAAACCAGUCGGUGACUUUGACAAGGGAAUGGCUGAAGCUGAUCAGAAAAUUCUUUCAGCUGAGAUUAGACUCCCAUCACAGUACUAUUUUUAUAUGGAGACUCAAACUGCCUUAGCUAUUCCAGAUGAAGAUAACUGCAUGGUGGUUUAUAGUUCUGUUCAAGUUCCUGAAUUUACACACUCAGUGGUUGCUAGUUGUCUUGGAGUUCCUGAAAACAACAUCCGUGUCAUCACAAGACGGGUUGGAGGCGGUUUUGGCGGAAAGGCAAUAAGAGCUAUGCCUAUUGCAUCAGCUUGUGCACUAGCAGCACACAAGCUUCGUCGUCCUGUGAGGAUGUAUCUCAAUCGCAAGACUGAUAUGGUAACGACUGGAGGAAGACAUCCAAUGAAAAUCAGUUAUAGUGUGGGAUUCAAAUUAAACGGGAAGAUCACAGCUUUGCAUCUUGAGAUUUUGAUUAAUGCUGGUAUAUCAGAAGAUAUUAGCCCAAUAAUGCCAUCAAACAUAGUGAAUGCACUUAAGAAGUAUGAUUGGGGUGCUAUGUCACUCGAUAUUAAAGUAUGCAAGACAAAUCAUACAAGUAAAUCCGCAAUGCGAGCUCCUGGUGAGAUACAAGGAUCAUUUAUUGCUGAAGCUGUGAUUGAACAUGUAGCUUCUACCCUUUCGAUAGAUGUUGAUACUGUUAGAGACAAAAACUUCCACACAUUCGACAGCUUAACUUUGUUCUGUCAGAAUGCUGCUGGAGAGCCGGAUGAAUAUACUUUACCCUCAAUUUGGGAAAAACUAGCUUCAUCUUCAAGCUUUGACCAGAGAAAAAAGAUGGUAGAACAGUUUAACAACACUAACAUAUGGCGUAAAAAGGGAAUUUCACGGUUACCAAUAGUGCAUGGUGUUUCAGUAAGACCAACCCCUGGUAAAGUCAGCAUACUUCGGGAUGGGUCAAUUGCUGUGGAAGUAGGAGGGAUUGAGCUUGGUCAGGGUCUAUGGACCAAAGUAAAACAGAUGGCGGCAUUUGCUCUGAGUUUAAUAAAGUGUGCUGGAAGUGAUGAUCUAUUGGAUAAGGUAAGAGUAAUACAAGCAGAUACAUUAAGCAUGGUACAGGGCGGGUUUACUGCUGGUAGCACUACUUCUGAGUCAAGCUGUGAAGCUGUUAGGAUUUGCUGCAAUACAUUAGUUGAAAGAUUAACCCCUCUGAAGGAGAGUCUACAAGAGAAAACGGGAUCUGUUAACUGGGAGACGCUUAUUUUUCAGGCAGGCUUACAAGCAGUGAAUUUGUCGGCUAGCACUUAUUACAAACCCGACUUCACUGCCAUGCAAUAUCUAAACUAUGGAGCUGCUGUUAGUGAGGUAGAAGUGAAUCUCCUCACGGGAGGAACUACUAUUUUGCGGUCAGACAUCAUUUAUGACUGUGGACAGAGUCUAAAUCCUGCUGUUGAUUUGGGACAGAUAGAAGGUGCUUUUGUUCAAGGUAUUGGUUUUUUCAUGUUGGAAGAGUACCUAACUGAUCCUGAUGGUUUGGUGGUUAAUGAUAGCACAUGGACUUAUAAGAUCCCAACUAUUGAUACUGUGCCAAGACAACUGAAUGUCGAAAUAAUGAACAGCGGUCAUCAUAAGAAUCGCGUUCUAUCAUCUAAAGCAUCUGGAGAGCCACCUUUGCUGCUGGCAACGUCAGUUCAUUGUGCAGCAAGAGCAGCCAUCAAAGAAGCAAGGAGGCAGCUUGCUUCUUGGGGCGGCCAUGUUAACGUUUCCAUGUUCCAGUUAAGUGUUCCUGCCACUAUGCCUGUGGUCAAGGAGCUCUGUGGCCUUGACAUUGUUGAGAGAUACUUGAGUAGUUCACUUGCCCAACAAAGUCACUCAUAAGCAAUAGCCUUUGUGCUGGUUUGCAUCCCAAACCCUUACGGUUAUGAAACAUCUUUUAAGAUAAACUUGUGUAUAAAUUAUGAUGAUGUUACAAAAUAAGUCUACUGUGAAAUGAAAAGGUACACUAUCAAUGUAAUAAUAAGUUGAGAUGCAGAUAAAGGGGUUGAAUCCAUCAACAAGGUUCAAUAUUGAAGAGCGAUCGGCGUCACUAAUAAAGGUUGCAAUAGUAUUCUACAAAUAAUGUGUAGUUUGAGGUUACUUAUGUACCUCUUAUGUUGUAAAAGGUACUCAGCAUAUUGUAAAUUUCUGAGUUUCAUACUUGUAUACAGGAAGACAAAUACAACAGAAUUUUCUUGUCAAUACAUUAAGCAUUUGGUCAUA